CGCCAGACUGACAUUCAAGUGACGAGCGAGACGGGUAAUGUAGGGCCCCAUUGAUGUGAUAUACCGCCUCUUUCCCUAUGGCUCUGGCAAAAGAAGAGGCCAAGACUGAACGAAGAUGAAGAUUGCUAGACGGAUCCACCAUGCAAGCAAACGCCAACAAGAUCCUCUCGGUUGUAUUGUUUGGAUUGUGAUAGCUCGAGUACAGGGAACGGGCAAGAGGUGCAUUGAUGAUGCGCCACUGUGGCUUGAGUGUGGACGCCAAUGUGAGCCGAUUGAAACGGUGUUCGUCGGUGCUCUGGGAGGUAAAAUCUUUGAAAUGUUGCGUUCCUGUCGCAAACUUUGAUGGCGUCCUCUUCCGAUUCUACCUCACUCCAGUCAUCAACUCCCAAGGAUCGGGCAAACUCGUCAAAAGUCAGGGUGUGUCAUUCCCCUCCCAAGUGGAAUUUCACCUUGCGCCUUCAAUCGCCGAGCGUGCUCCUACUCGUAAGGAUGGUGAAGGUACUGAAGAACUUGUCACACAACUCCUCAUAAAUGUCAUCCUCCAUUUCAAGGAGUCGGCACCAAUGUGGUAUCUCCAUAGUGAAGACCAUCGAAUUGAGUGAAGUCGAGUUUCCUUUGUUCUCCAGAGUUAGUGCUUGCCCAGAAUCUCACCUCCCUUUCCAUUUUGGGCUUCCCUCUCAGCGCCAAAGGUAUGGGUGGUUCAUGCUGACUUUCCUGCAAAAUCGACAAACAUGCACCGUACGGGGAAAUAAUUGUUAAUCUCCACUCAUUGGGAGGAAAAAAGAAUUCCCCCACACUUACGUUUCCAAUAUGGGUUCAUGCUAUUUGAAAUAAUUAAGCUCAAGCACACCGAGUCAUGGUUCUGGGUAUUUGACUCGCUGUGACUAUCACAAUAAAAUCCCACCUAAGUUCCAAGUAUAAACCUUAGAUGGAUGCAAUAUAGGGCAAGUAUGUUU